CGGCGGUAAAGAGAACUACAUCCUGAGUGCAAAGUGAAACCUGACAUGUGUGUGUUGUUGAGUAGCAGUAGCUGUGGAACAUGCGCUCAGUUUUAAUAUGAAAGUACUUAUAUUCGGUACUUUUUACUGUUUCUUUGUCGGCUACUUCGUUUGUCGGUCAUGUCCGUGAACGCCUCAAAACUAGAGCUGAACCAGCUGAUUUACCGCCAUUUGAAGGAGCAUGGUUUCCACUCAGCUGCUAGUGAGCUACAGAGGCACAGCCCGCAGGGGGAGAUAGAAACAUCUCCAUCAUUACUGGACAUCUACAAUUCAUGGUUAAAGCAUCCAGACUCAGCCAAGAACUCCAGUCCUCAGAAACAAGAAAAGAAUCCAGCUAAAGGCACGCCAAAGAAAAAGAAGAGUAAUCCUGUGCAAAAAACUGACACACCAAAAAAGUCUGCAUCAGCAAAAAGGAAAAAAAGUGAAUCUGCAGAAAAUGUAAUCAAGACAAAGAAAUCAAAGACCCAAACAAAGGGCAAGGCUGUGUCUGCUGGGGAAGAUGAUUCAGACUCUGACAGCAGCCUGGACGUGGAGAAAUGGAAGAAGCUUGUCCAGCAGAUGACAGUGGCUGACAUAACCAAGAUGGACACCCUCAAUGCUCUAGACUCCUCUGCACCGCAACCCAAGAAAAAGAGAGUCAGAAAACCCCGGGCGAAGCCUCCUGCAAAAACAGGCACUUCAGUUCAACAGAAUAAUAGCAUGGUUGAAAAGAAUGACAAAGUGGUGGGGAAAGCUGUAACAGAGUCACCAGCAAAGAACAGUGAACCCAAGAAGAGCAGUCCAAAAAAGAUGACACCUGUGACGACCUUUGACACCCUGAGCCAAGAGCAACACCUGAAGGCUGCAGAGGACAGACCCCCUUCAUCCAUUCUGUCCCCUUCAAAGCAGACACCAGUGAAAGAGAAAAGGAAAGUGGUAACUCCCAGUAAAGAAGCAACUGAUGAGAUGAUGUCUGAGCCCAAAAAGAAGAAGAAGAAAAAAGAUGCAAAUAAAGACAAGGUGGAAGGGAAAGCAAGUGAGACCGGUGAAGAUGGCAAAGAAAAAGGCAGAAAAGAGGAAAAGAAAAAGAAGAAUGAAGUUGUAGAGAAUGAAUUUAAUGAUGAAUUGGUGGUGGAGAAGAAGAAAAAAGGAACAAAGGGAGACAGCAAAAGGAAAAAGAGUGAAGAAGAAAUCAUGGUGAAGAACAAAAAUGUGACUGGUGAUGAUUUAAAGGAAAUUUCAGAGACAACAGUACAAGGAAAGAAAAGCAAGAAAAAGGAGAAGAAAGCGGACAAUGAAGAAAAUUCAGUUGAAAAGGUGAAAGAAAAUUCAGAGCAGGUAGGUGAGGAAGUCAAACUAAAUACAGAGAGAGUUUCUGAAAAGAAAGCAAAGAAGAAAAAGACACAUGAUAGUGAGGGAACAUCAGAACAAAAAGGCGAAGAGAAAGAAAAUCAUGAGCAGAUACUUGAAAAUAAAGCAAAGAAGAAGAAAAAUGAGACAGAGAAUCCUGGUGAGGAAAACUCAGAGCAGAUCAUUAAAGAAAAAGCAAAGAAGAAGAAAAGGGAGAGCGCUGAUAGCGAGGAAAACUCAGAGCAGAUUGUUAAAGAAAAAGCAAAGAAGAAGAAAAGGGAGAGCGCUGAUAGCGAGGAAAACUCAGAGCAGAUUGUUAAAGAAAAGAAGAAGAAAAAGAUGGUGAAUCCUGGUGAAGAGAACUCAGAAGAGACCGUUGAAGAAAAGAAGAAGAAUAAACAGCAUAAAUUUAUUCACCAUGAGGGCCUAUUGGAGCAGAUAGCUGAAGAAUAUACACAGACCAAACACACAAAGAGUGGCAACAUAGAGAAAAGGGCAGACCAGAUUACUGAAGUGAAGAAGAAAGGGGACUCAUCAUUGAAAAAUAAUGCAGUUGAUGCAGAGCCACUACCUCCACCUAACAUUGAAACUCCAAGUCCACCAACAGAGAAGAAGAAAAAGAAAAGCAAGUCAAAAUCAGCUGAGGUCCCAGGAACACCUGCAGGUUCUGUCCAAGAAAAAUUGAAAAAUAAUACAUUUGACACAGAGCCACUACCUCCCCCUAACAGUACAACUCCAAGUCCACCAACAGAGAAGAAGAAAAAGAAAAGCAAGUCAAAAUCAGCUGAGGUCCCAGGAACACCUGCAGGUUCUGUCCAAGAAAAAUUGAAAAAUAAUACAUUUGACACAGAGCCACUACCUCCCCCUAACAGUACAACUCCAAGUCCACCAACAGAGAAGAAGAAAAAGAAAAGCAAGUCAAAAUCAGCUGAGGUCCCAGGAACACCUGCGGGUUCUGUCCAAGACGCCACAGACACACAAACCAUCGAAACACCUUCAAGUGAUACCCACAAAAAGAAAAAGAUGCACAAACACAAGAGCACAGAGUUAUGAACUUGUGUGAUUCCUCAUCCAUGCAGAACCAAAGGAUGAAGUCAAUACUUCCGACCCUAUUUCUAACCAUAUUUUAAUGGUUAGAAGGAUCUCUUCAAACUUUUUUAAAGCAAGAUUGUCUUUUUAUGUUGGUACAAUUUUUAUCUUUUUUAUCACUUUUAUUUUUUUACUGAGUGUGGCAUACUAUGCCACAGCUGUCUUUUUUUACUUGGUGGUAAUUGCCAUUUUAAUGGCAUGGAUAUACAGUAUAUAGGUGAUUGUUUUAUGGAACAUAUGGUAUGUAUGAUGUACAGUAUAUGGUCACCCUCCUGUUUUCAAAGUGAAAUUCAGUCAUUGAUUAAAAGGAGAAAUGACUCUUUCAGUCACGGGUAUAUACGAUAAUCUUAAACCCGCCUGAUUUUCUGAAUCACUCCCCAAAUUUCUGAUUUUCAUGAUUUAGAUGUAAUGACACAUUGUGAAGACACUGUAAUUACCAGGGUUUAUACUAACUUUCUUUCAUUCUCAGUAUAUGUUUAGUGCUAUACUAGCUGUCUUGUAAUGGUCACAAAAGGCAAAGUUCUUGUGUAUAAAACAUUUUCAUAUUUAAAAAUAAUUUUAAAUUCAUUUUAAUAGUGUGCAAGUGUGCUACAUGAAAGUUGUGUUUGUGAGAAAUGUGCAUCCUCUUUACUAAAGUUUUAAAUGUUUGGUCAGACUUUCAUGUACUGUAUGUAUUACAUGCAGUUUUUUAAUACAAAUUAAACGCCAUAGUUUUUUAAUCAUCUGG